AUGGUUCCGAAAGCAGCCUCACCACUGGUGUGGUUGUUUUGGUGGCUGGGACCACUGCCUUGUGCUCUGUCUGCAGUAAACCCACUGGCGCCAGUCCGACGAUGCUACAUCCCGUCCCUUCGCGAAGGGGAAGGCAGCGGCUGCACCCGGCUGCAAGUGCUGCUAGGAGCUCAAUUUGGACUCAACCGCUACGGACAAGAAACAACGGCGCAGCGGCUUUGUUUGAAGAAGUUGCGCGAGGUCGGUGGCAAUACUUUCGUCUUUGCCCAAGGAAUUUGUGAUCUUUGGAACUGCAGCUCAGCGGAUGCGUUGACAGGGACCUCUGCUGACCAACGGUCACCUUCGGAGCAGCAGAACUCCACUCCGUCCGUCUUCAGCGAGCUCUGCGAUUACCAAGAACUUAACCCCAGUCCUGAUGUUCGUCGCAGCCCUGUUUUUGUGAAGCUCUGGGAGUGGAAUUAUGUAGAUAUCGGGAAGGAGUGCCAAGAUUACCUCGGGCCAAACGGCUUCGAUGCUGUCCAGGUGUCGCCUGUGACGGAACACAAGCUUGGACCUCAGUGGUGGACGAAGUACCAGCCGGUCUCCUUUUCCCUGAGCUCACGGUCCGGCUCCAUGGAAGACUUCGCCCAAAUGGUGGCAGCUUGUCGAGCGAGCGGCGUGCAAGUCAUGGUAGAUCUCAUCAUCAACCACAUCGCGACCCCAUGCAAAGAUGGUCGUGGAACGAGCUCGGGGACACCAUGUGUGGGCUGGAAUGGGAGCUUGUAUGGAAACCGGCGGUUGGCUGGUGCACGAGGUUGGGACGCUGCAGGCCCAGAGCAUUUCAACCACCUGGAAGGAUCCUUGAUGGACAACUGCAUCGUGGGCCCUCCCAGCUGGACCUGCAAGGCGGGCAGCAUCGACGUUACCGACUGCAGCUGCUGUAGCUGUGAUUUUCUUAAGCUGCCAGAUUGGAAUACAGGCUUGCCGGCGGUGCACGACAUGCACCUGAGACAUGUGCAAGAACUGCACGACAUUGGUGUGACCAUGCUCCGGAUUGACCUGUCGCUCUUUGAGUCCAUCGCAGACCUUAGUAAUGUGCUGAGCUCUGUGCCAUGGGACUUUGUCUACCAAGAAUGGUGGUGGGAGAAGCCAGAUCCCAUGCGCCACCGCUACAUCGGCCAUUUUCGCGACAUCACCUACCGGUAUCUCAUAACACACUACUUGGGCAAUUCCACGCUGGAAAAGCUGCCCGAGGCAUUGACCUUGUCCCGGGGCCAUGAUCAGAUUCGUCCUGAGACGAGUGUCUAUCCCAUCGCCUUUCACGAUGGCCGAACUUGGAAAGCAAAUCCUGGCAAUGCCACCUACAAGAAUGGCCUGGAGUUCCACCAGCAGCAGAAGUUCAUCCUCGCUUGGCCGAGGGGCUCCUCCAUUCUGCUCUGGGGCGGCUUUGGCUGGUCGUCCAUGAGUGAUGGGCCUCCGGGUUGUGAUUUUCGUGGUGAGCAACACUGCCAGCCCGAGCCUGUCUUCCUGGAUGGACAGGCCCAGUGCAUGACAACUCCGAGGGAGUCGCCCCUGCCAGCGGACCUGGCAAUGAAACGCACCUGGGUCUGUGAGCAUCGAUGGGAAGGUGUGGCGGGCCUCAUCGAGUUCCGGAAAGCUUGCCGUGGCCUCGCAGUGACAAGAACCUGGAAGGAUUGCUUUGCGGCUCUCGUCCGUGGCUACAACACACAGCUGAAAUCUGAAUGGGGACAUCUGGGCAACUGGCUCUUGGAUGGCCUUUACGUGGGACUUCCGAGUGGCAGAUAUUGCGACCUCGGAUCGCUGCCAACACAGCGGGGAUGGGACCGCAAAAGGUGUCCUCGGCAAGUAGUCAUCGGCACGGACGGCAGGAUCCUGAGUGGCAUUGUGUUGGAAGGUGAUCUUCUGGCGAUUCACGUUGGAGGCAGGAUGUCUUGA